GUUUCGUUAUAUCUGCGAUAAAAAAAGGUUAUUUUAGAGCGAGUGAGAUAUAGAAAGAGAGAGAAAGAGAAAGUCAUAAGAAACAAGAAAGGAAAGAAAUUUACUAAUAAAAAUGGACGAAACCGGUGAGCUCCAUAAAACGGUGGCCUCAGGUGCAGUGGACGCGAUUCUUUUCGAAGCGUCACGAUCUGGCAGAGAAGAAGGUGAGCUCUCCUCGUCGGACGAAGAAGUUCCUCAAUUUCUAGCUUUAAUGCAGUGCCCAGAAAAGGAAGAACCUAUUCUCUCUGUCGCAAUGCCCCCUGGUAAUAUUGCACCGACUGCAGGAUACAAUUCAGUUCCUUCCACAAACAAAUCUGUUCAUCGGAUACAGGCAGGAACAAGUGCUUCUGGAAACAUUUAUAUUCGUACACAGCCUCCAACAUCUAUCCUGCCUAACAAUCAGAAGAAUAUCAAGAAAAUUCGGGUGCCAUUUAAAUGUGCCAAUCCUAGAUGGUAUCGAACUCCAGCUUCGGACAAGAACCUUGUGAUUAGCUUCUCUGAUGAUGAUAGUGACAGUGAAUCUGAUAGUCAGGAGCAAGGAAAAGCUUUAAAGGUUCAGUCCGGGACAAGUGGCCCUGGUGGCAAUCAAAGGCCACCUUCUUCUUCGUUGGCAAAAUCAAAAAGAUCACGGCAGAGUGCUGGAAAUGUUAAUGGAUUAAUGCGUAAAAACUUCUAUGUACGUCGCAUAUUUAAUGCGGGAACUAAUGCUAGAAGUCCUGGGCCUUCAUUGGUUGAGCAACAUUCUCAACUUAAGAAAUUUAAUAGGGUCAACAAAAAUGUAGGAAAUCGUGACCGUCAAUGUGACAGAACUUUGGGUUUUAGUGACAGUAAACUUCAGGAAUUGAAGCAGCAGAUUGCAAUUCGGGAAAGCAAGCUAAAGCGUAAGCUCUGCCAGCAAAGUAAGGAAUCUAAUUUGGUUUCAUGUAAGGAAUAUAAUUCUCCCAACACGAGCAAUGAUGCAUCUAGGAAAUGUAAUUCAGCUUCUGGUGAUACUGAAAUAUUGGGACCAAAAGAACCGGACAAGAAACGAAUAAAAGUUGGUGAAUCUUAUCCUGCCCAGGUAGUUUCAGAUAGUGGGGGGAAAGUAUCUCCUGCACAAUCAGCUUUACCUCCUAAAAAUCUGCUGUUGGAGGAAGGUAGCCUGCAUGAUGAUAAUAAGGUUGACAGUAGACAUGAAGGAAUUUCCAUGAGCAGAAAAGAUUCUGAUGUUAAAACGAACAAGCUAGAUGGUAGACGAGUGGAUGUUCCACCAGAAAAAAUACAUGGUGUUAAUAUCAGUGGUAGUUCCAAUCAAACUGACGAGGUGAGGAGCCCCAUUGAUCACUUUGUAAUGUCACAUCAAAUUGCCCCAAAAGCAAAUAUCAUCUCUGAUACUUUGCCAGAAAAUACAAGCAGUGCAGAACAGAAUCAGCCCAGUAAUUUUGGUGGAGAUAUACCUGGAAACUCUUCCUUGAACCGAGCAACAACAAAGCAGAAUCUAGUAAAAAGCAAUACUGAUUGCAAAAUGUUAUUUGGUAAUAAGGCACUUAAAGCCUCCUUGAACAACAAAAGCAGGGUCUCUGUCAAUAACAGACAUGAGGGAUCUUUGGGAAAUGCAAGCAUCUGGAGUGGCUCGGAUAAUAUAAAUGUCUUCGGACAUGGCAGCCAAAAUAUAGAAUCGUUAGCUGAUAUGGAGGAAUCACUGGACAAAGAACUGGAGGAGGGGCAAGAGUACAGGCGCAUAUGUGAGAUUGAAGAACGAAAUGCUCUUAAAGCUUACCGGAGAGCACAGAGGUCACUGAUUGAGGCUAAUGCUAGAUGCGUAGACCUUUAUCGCAGAAGAGAGAUGUGCUCAGCCCAUUUUAGAUCUUUUCUCAUGCAUGAUUCCAGUUUAUUGUUAUCCUCCAGGCAGCAUGCAAAUGCUGGUAUUGCUUUUGAUGACAUAGAUAACAGAACUGAAAACAUGGACAUAAUACCGAAAUCAUAUGGGAUCCAGCUUGACUAUGAUGAAUUUAAUCAACCAGUGUACAAUUCAAAUCUUCAUUGUGCCAAUAGUGGUCCUCGAAAUCUGCCUUAUCAUCAUGGCAGUGGACAAAAUUUGGGAUCAGAACCAUGCAGUGAGCCAGAUGCUAGUACCUCCGAACAAUUGCCUUGUAAUGGCAAACAUGCUGGAAAUAUGAUAAGCUCUCCAUCCAGUGAUCCAAAUAUUUCACUGGAUGAGGAUGAGGAGACUUUGUCAAUGGAUAAUGAGUCAGCUCAAUUCAACUCUGGAUGUCAGCCAAAGGAGCGUACUUUAGAAAUAACUAAAGAUAGCACAAACAAUGAAUUAAAGGACAUGUUUCUUAUUGAUAGCUGUCAAGACUCCUUUCUUCUUGAAGCAGCAUUAAGGUCUGAACUAUUUGCACGACUAGGAAGGAGAACAAUGUCAAAAAAUGGCACUUCAUGUUACAAUAUGGAGUGUGUGGUUGAACAGGGGGCUGAAAGUGAUGGUGGAAGUGAGAAAACCCUGAUGAGUGAAGGGAGCAUUCCAUUAUUAGAGACAGAAAAAAAUCAGCAAUAUAAAUUCCGAGGUACUGAUCGACUGGAAAGAAGUGUGUCUCAGGAAAAUGUACAGAAGGAGGAACAGUGGCAUGUUGAGAAGAGUUCCUUGAAAGUUUAUUCUUCUUCUGAUUUGGAGGGCAGUGGAACCAGAAAUCAUGUCCCAUUCUUCAGCGCACUCCCAUCCUCUUUGAUUUUGAGGAGUGCUUUUCGUCAUUUGAAAAUGAUGUCACCAAACACUCCAAUGCUAACCGAGAAUGGAUGUAAAAAACAUGAGUCGGAUAAUACUUGCGAAGAUGAAAUGCAGCAGAAAGAUUUGACAGCUAGCUUGCUACUUGACAGAGAAAGUAGUUCUUAUUCAUGCGAUUCUAAGAUUGACCCGUUAUGGCCACUCUGCAUGUAUGAGCUACGAGGAAAGUGUAACAAUGACGAAUGUCCUUGGCAACAUUUGAACAACUGUUCUGGAGGAAAUAGGCAUCGGUGUCACAUUUCUGAUAAUGCUGAUUGUCAGGUGGGAUUAACUUCAAAGCAGCAGAAAAGUAAUGAUGUGAUUAAACUUUCCAAGUAUCACAAUGUUUUGACUCCACCAACAUAUUUUGUUAGCUUAGAUGUUAUGAAAGUCAAUUCACAUUCAUAUGAAUCUCUUGGAGCGAAGAAGAAUGGACAGUGCUGGUGGAAGGUUUUCAGCAUUUCCUUAGCUUUAUCUUCUUUUCUUCAGAACAAUUUCUUUGCAGAUAGGUCAUGCUUGCGUGGAUGUGAUGGUCGCAUCGAGGUCUAUGGAAGUUGGAAUAGACAAGCGUCUUAUUUUCAGAGUAAAAAUGGCAUAAUGAAUCAACUCAAAGAAGGUUUUGGUGCUGCUGUCCAAUCCCUUGAAGUGGCUCUUCUUAUUCUUAAUCAGGAGGUUAACAAAGUAGAUGGUGUGAAAAAGGCUCUUAAUGUGCUCUCAAGAAGUCUUGAGGCUAAUCCAGCAUCAGAAAUUCUCUGGAUGGUUUAUCUGUUUAUUUUCUAUAGCAAUGCAAGAACACUUGGAAAGGAUGAUAUGUUGUAUCAUGCGGUCAAACACAAUGAAAAAUCCUAUGGACUUUGGCUUAUGUACAUCAACAGUCGGAUCCAACUUGAUGAUCAUUUGAUUGCUUUUGAUGCUGCCCUCUCAGUGCUAUGUCGUCACGGAUCUGCAUCUGAAGGGGAUGGAAUGUAUGCCAGUGCAUGCAUCUUAGACCUGUUUAUGCAAAUGAUGAAUUGUCUUUGCAUGUCUGGAAAUGUUGAGAAAGCCAUCCAGAGAAUCUUUGAACAAUUGCCAGCAGCAGCAGCAGCUUCUGAUGAAUCUGACCCUCUGAUGCUUUCUCAUAUUGCCGCAUGCUUGUCAAUUGCUGAUAAAUGUGUAUUCUGGAUUUGUUGUGUCUACUUAGUUAUUUACAGGAAGUUACCAGGUGCAGUGGUACAGCAAUUUGAAUUUGAAAAGGAACUCAGUUCUGUCAGUUGGCCAUCUAUUCAGUUGGCAGAUAAGGAGAAGCAGGGGGCUGUUGAGCUUCUAGAAAUGGGAGCGAGUUCAAUUGAACUGUUUGUCAAUAAUGGAUCAUUUGAGAGUAAAGUUAAUCUCAGAUCAGCAGAACUUUUUGCUCUCAACCACCUCAGAUGUAUGUUGGCACUUGGUGACUUAGAAUGCUAUGGAAACUUGUUGAAUAAAUAUGUUAAGCUUUACCCAUCCUGCUUGGAGCUUGCACUGCUAUCAGCAAGGGUGCAGCAAAAUGAUAAUGAGGACUUGACUUUUGCUAGAUUUGAGGAAACUCUUAAUAACUGGCCAGAGGAAGCCCCUGGAAUUCAGUGUAUUUGGAAUCAGUAUGCAGAAUUUGCUCUACAGAAUGGAAAAUCUGGCUUUGUAAAGGAACUAAUGGUUCGUUGGUUCAGUUCAGUUUGGGAAGUUCAAUAUCCUCAAAUGGAAAAUUUGAACUUUUUGGAUGGUAGCCAGUCAGGGGGCACAGUGACCGCCACUAAUUCUAAUAAGAUGGAUGUAUUGUUUGGGUUUCUUAAUCUCUCUCUCCACAAGUUAUUGCAGAAUGAUCAUGCUGGAGCUCGCUUAGCUAUUGAUCAGGCUUUAAGGAUUGUUGUUCCUGAGAAUUUAAUUCAUUUCUUGAGAGAGCAUGCUGUGCUUUUGCUUAUUGAUGAGUCACAGUCAAAGGAUAAUUUUUCUAUCAAUUGCCAGUUCAACAUUUUGAAAAAAAUUUUGGAUCAUGCCCAGUCUUUCCCCUUGUUGGAGCCAUUGCCAAUGCAACCUAUUAAGAACAUUGAAAAACCAAGAAUCCAACAACUAGUUUAUAAUCUACUGAUUCCAGUCUCAUUUGAUUUUACAGUUGUGAACUGCAUCCUUGAAACAUGGUAUGGCCCAUAUCUUUUACCCCCGGCAUUAACUAAGCUAAAAGAUCUGGUGGAUUUUGUCGAGGCAAUCUUAGAAUUAGCGCCAUCGAACUACCCUCUAGCAAUUUCUACAUGUAAGUUGUUAACUGGGAGAUGCAGCCAUGCCAAUGAUGAGUAUGCUAGUAUCUUGUUUUGGGCAAGCUCAGCCUUGUCGAAUGCACUCUUCCAUGCCAUCCCAGUUGCACCUGAGUAUAUAUGGGUGGAGGCUGCAGAUAUAUUAGGCAAUAUUGCAGGUGUUGAGCCAAUAUCAGAAGGAUUUUACAAGAAAGUUUUAUCAGUUUAUCCAUUUUCUGUCAAAUUAUGGCAAUGUUAUUAUAAUCACUCCAAGAACACAGGAUCUAUGAGCAAUGUUAUGGAAGCAGCUAGAGAAAGGGGUAUUAAAAUUGAUUGAAGUUUCAAAUGUACACAGAAUUUUUUGAAAAGAUAUACAGAAUUUUAGAUUGUUAGCGUCAGUGUCUCAGGAGAAUGAAAAUUUUUACCCAGGUUUUUCUUUUUACCAGUAAUUUUGCUCGAAGCCAGUUUAAAGGAUGACUAAACAACUUUGGAAAAUUUUGGAUAUGGGGAGGUGCACAAAGGAUGUGAAACUAGAUUCUGCAGGUAGAUAUACAGAUGGGAGAAUGACAGAUAGGUUUAGCUUUCUUCUUCUUGGAGAACAGUGAAGAUAUACAGCCUGGGAGAAUGAGAGAUAGGUUUAGCUUUCUUCUUCUUGGAGAACAGUGAAUGAUUAGGCAAAUGUAACUUAGGUCCCUUGUCCAAUUUGUCUUAUCGGGGAGUUUCUGUGCUUUAUGUUAGUUGUAUCCAGAUUACUUUAACACCUGGCAAUUAUCUGUAUCAACAUAGUUGAGAUGAAUACUGUUGGUAGUGAUGUUUUUAAUCUGGCUAUUCAUUCCUGUGGCUUCAGGUUAUAUUACAGGGUAAUUUCUUCAUUUUA